AGCACAUGCAGUGUAGGUAAUACACCUUCAUUAACAGCAUUCUCCCUACGAACGGGUUCCCUGUAUAGGAUGCUAGAGUAGAGAUAGUAGAUAUGGGAAAUCACAGCCUCUCUCUAUACAGAUGAUGUUUUACAGUAUAAGAUUCAUUUUAUGUUACAUUUUGAUUGCCACGUGAUUCUAUGUGAUCUGCAGUAAAUUCCCUUUCAAAUAGAAGAUUGUGCAGAUAUAUUGAUUUAAUUUUUUUACCAAUUUUUUUAUGGAAAUAUGAAAAUUAACCAAAAAGACGUCUGUGGAAAGACUGAAACAGCGGCAACGUGCGGCACAUUGGAUAGUCAGGAAGGGAAAACAGAACUUUUUAAGCUGAAAAAAAAGGAGAGAAAUCGAGCAGUGGCCUAUAAGAGUCGGCAGAAGCAGACACAGCGAGCUGACACUCUACACCAGGAGUUUGAGAAAUUAGAGAAGGACAACGCUGCCCUCUGCAAAGAGAUUCAGAAGCUGCAACAAGAGCAAAUCUACUGGACAAAAGUCUUACAGCGACAUGAGGACACCUGUAUUCUUCUGUCACCUGAUAUCAUUCUGGAGUUACUCAAGCCGGAGCCGUCAUUUUCUUCCAACAAUAGGGAGCAAUUUACUGACUUUUAAAUAUCAUGGAAGGAGACACAUUGUUUCAACACCUAACACCUCUGUACCAUGUUUAUUGCCUUCCUAAUGUCAAUUUGCUUACCCAACCAUUUUUUAAAUCUAAUAUCCAUGUCCUUUCUUCUAAAAGGUCUACUGAAUAGUUCAAAGCUGACAUAUUCAAACUGGUGUUCUAGAACAUAUCCCCAUCGCAUUGAACAAGGUGUCGAAGCUGCAGAUUGCAUGUUACAGUUUAAAUGACUGAAAUAUGGGUUAUGUUAAAUAUUUUCCCAUAAAACUACCAUAUUUUUCAUCCCCGUAAGAUGCACCUGCCCAUAAGACGCACCUAGUAAAAUAAGAAAAUAAAUAUAUAUUUCAUUAGACCUCCAGUGUUACUCAGACCUCAGAUCAGCCCCCCAAUAUUAAUCAGACCUCAGCUCAAACCCCCAAUGUUACUCAGACCUUAGCUCAGGGCCCCAAUGUUACUCAGACCUCAGCUCAGUCUCCCAAUGUUAUGCAGACCUCAGCUCAGACUCCCAAUGUUACUCAGACCUCAGCUCAGACUCCCAAUGUUACUCAAACCUCAGCUCAGGGCCACAAUGUUACUCAGACCUCAGCUCAGACUCCCAAUGUUACUCAGACCUCAGCUCAGACUCCCAAUGUUACUCAAACCUCAGCUCAGGGCCACAAUGUUACUCAGACCUCAGCUCAGACUCCCAAUGUUACUCAGAACUCAGCUCAGACUCCCAAUGUUACUCAAACCUCAGCUCAGGGCCACAAUGUUACUCAGACCUCAGAGCCCCAGUCAGACCUCCAAUAUUUAUCAGACCCUCAAUGUUAAUAGAACCCGAAAUCAGUCCUCAGCUCAGACUCCCAAUGUUAUUAGUCCCCAAUCAGACCUCUGAUCAGACCCCCAAUGUUAAUAAGACCCCCAUUCAGACAUCAGAUCAGACCCCCAAUAUUAAUAAAACCCUCAAGUUAAGGAGAGCUCAGAUCAGACAAAAAAUAUAACAACUCACCUCUCCUGUUCUGGGUGCCACUGCUCCUGAGAUCCAGCGUUCUUCCUGCCCCACUGUGCGGUGACCUGACCCUCCCGCACACUGUGGGCUCACAGAGCACGCCUACAUCCUCACGCUGUGUGCAGGUCACAGCACAGUGUGCGGCACUGACAGAAGAAGACCAGGAAGUGGUGACUACGGAGCCCGCACAGGUAGCGCUAUAUUCACCGCUCCCCUUUUCCAUUGUACUAAUGAGCGCUUCAAUAAUGGAAGCAGUCAUUAGUAUUCACCCUAUAAGAUGUACUGAUAUUUUUCCCCCCACUUUGGGGGCGCAAAAAUUUUGUCUUAUAGGGUGAACCAUACGGUAUAUAUCAAUCUGCUCAGAUACUAUAUACCAUGCUGAUGCACCAGAUGCACUGCCUGGUGGGGUAAAAUAUUUUAGAUAAGGGGCAUAAUGUGUUAACUAUAAAAGAAACAUUACUCACCUUGCUGAUAUCCCACUGCUGCUGUUCCAAUGCUUACAGGGUACUUGCAGGUCUCUACUUCCUGGGGCCAGCACGACACAGGACAUGGCUGGAGCGGUCAGGGGAGCACUAAGGUGAAUAAUGUUUAUUUUAUUCUUUUAACCCAUUCAGCCCAUUAUAAUUUUUUUAUCCAGCUGGACAACCUUUUAAGCAUAACUAAUUCAUAUGCUAUUUUUCCUAAAUAGGCUCAGAGUGAGAUUUAUCAAAUCUGCUUCGCCAGUUUGGUGACAUAAAUAUGUUGUAAUCUGUAAUCGUAGCCUACUUUUUACUCCACGUCUGAAAGUGACAAGGCUCACCAAAUGUCGCUUGCAGUUAACACUUACAACACUUUUAUGUCUCAUUUAGGGUCCAUUCACACGUCCGCAAUGCGGAACGGAAAUACGGACCCAUUCAUUUCUAUGGGGCAGCACAAUUGCGGACAAGAAUAGGCAUAUUCUAUUAGUGCCGGCAAUGUGAGGUCCGCAAAAUGCGGAACGCACACUGCCUCUGUCCGUGUUUUGCGGACCUCCCCUGUUUCCCUUCAUGCAACUAUACAGCUAAGUGAUAUAAUUCUGGCUGCCUGUAGCCACCACUAGGGGGAGUUUAUCACUGUAAUUAAGCCAUCUUCAGGAAACUCACCCAUAGUAAUGGCAAAAGGUUGUUAGAAAUGUGUCAUUUACGGCCUGUUUCACACUGGCAGCAGAGCUUUCCGGCAGGGAAGUGGACGGACAAUCAGUGGUAUUUGUCUGGCAGUUUCUCGGCACAUUUGCUGGAUUGAGGAUGGAUCAGUAAACGCUAGUGUGCAACAGCCUAACUCCAGCUGUGUGAAUGGACAUUUGGAGGGAAACUGAGCCCUAUGAGCACAAAAUCUUGAACUGAUUAAGAAAAAAAAAUAACACGAUUCUAUUAUUCACAAAAUGGCUCUGAACCAAAGUUCAUUACAUUACCAUCAGCUUUCUCUGGCGAUUGUUUUUACGCAGAAUACUGUACUUUGUUGAACAAAUACACCAACCAUGCGCAGUGUCUGAAUCUGACCAUCAGAACGUAUUCUGGAUUUAUAAUACUAAAUGUAUGAAUUUUAAUAUUAAAAAUGAAAAGCUAAGAAAAUACGCUGAACUAGUGUGGUCCCUUUUGCUCUGCACAUGUUAAAAAGCAUUUGUCUGCAUGAUCAACCCUAUUAAACCAGACAUACUGCCCGGUAGGGUUGAUCAUGCCGAUUAAAACCAUAC